ACGUUAACCUGGUUUAAUAAUUAUAUUAUUUAUUAAAAUAUUGUUUAUUAAAAACAACAGAAAAAUUCUAUGUCAGACAUUUCGGUCACUAAAUGUGUGACCCUUUUCAAUAACUAUUUAUUAAGAAUUUAAAAAAUAUUGUAUAUAAUAUUGGCCAUGAAGACGAGAAAACCGAGUUCACAAAGAUAGAAUAGCUUUUGCGUCCAAUAACAAUUUAUUGUAUAUUGCAUAAAUUUUAAAGUCUGUACUGCAUCGUACAUCGGAUAGCCUGGCAGAUUAUUGUCAGUCCGUAUCAACGAACAUAAAAGAUUAAACUCUGCUAAUCCGUCUGUUAUACAUGCACAUUGCAUACAUAUAUUGUUUCGACGUCGAUCGACGAGUCAUUUACAUAUGACUGGGUAUUUAUGCAAUAUGCAUGCUUAUGCGGAAAAAAUUUUUUACCGAGUACUUGGAUCACUCUUGCUUGACUAUUCUACUAUACAGGUGUUAUUUUAUCUAGAACAUAAUGAUUACAGUUGUAAAAAAUAUACAGUUAUCAACAACCUUGGAAUCUAAAGUUAUACUUUCAUAAAGGUGAAUUCAGAAAAAUACGACACGAACCAAUGCUGGUACAAGACAAUAUUAAAACAUGCGUUUUAAAUGAGACUAUCUACAGUAACCGCGCGUUCGGGCAAUGGAACAGUGGUGUUGGUUUGUGUAGACAGUCUCACUUAAAACGCAUGUUUAGUAUUUAUGGUAACCUUGAAAAAUUUGUUCUAACUUUAUUAAACGAAAGUAAUGAAAAAAGUCUUUCAAAAGUUACGUAAAAGGAAUUAUUUUUAUUAUUUGAAAUAGUGAAAAACUAAAAACAAGUUGUACGGAAGGGCGAAAAUUUCAAGUUUCGCCACUGCCUCACGUUACUGGCAAUGAGAGUAUAUAUACAUACUUUAAACAACGCACCUGGUGAUUCUUUGUAGUUUUACAUUUGCUCUUAUACUGGGCGCUAACUCUCUGUGCUUCGUGGAAUAUACAUAAAAUUUUACCUCAUCCGGGGUAUUUUAUUUUUCGUAAUCAAUUUUCUACAGUGAUUUUUAAUAGGAUGUGUAUUAGCAAAAAAAAAUAAAAUUGUUUAUUUAAUGUCGAUUAUUUAGUUGUCAAUUUAAAUAUGUGAAUUUACUAUUCUAACAAACAAUAGGACCGUGUUUUAAAUCCGACAAAAAAUCGGCGCACAGUUUAUUGAGUUUGGAAUAAGUAUAUGAAGGCUUAUACAAUAUGUUACGACUGGACAAUCAGCUCCGACCGCUAUAAAAACGAGUUACCUCAUGAUAAGGAUUUCAAGUUAUUAUAUUGCUGACAGUUAAGGCUUUUCAUACAAACUUUCUUGCAAUUUAGAGUUGAAAAUAAGUUGACUCAGUGAUAAUAUGAAAUCCAUAUUCCUUGUGCUUAUAAAUAUUAUGAUUUUCCCAGAAGGAAGGUCGCUAAAUUUUCAAAGCAUAUUCCUAGACUUUCUCAACCCUAAGGAACCUGGUAUAACGAAAGUAAGAAAAAUGGAUCUGAAGGAUGGAGCUGAGAGAAGACAUAACGUAAAAGUAUUGGAUUUUAUUGGCCUGGUGGAACAAUACGGUUAUCCCGCUGAGGAGCAUAACGUCACAACAGAAGAUGGUUAUAAUUUGAAGUUACACAGGAUACCUGGAAGUCCAUCGUUCGAUAUCAAGAAUAAGAAAGAAAUUGUGUACCUCCAACACGGUCUUGUGGCUUCGUCUGAUUUCUGGGUAAUGUACGGUACUGGUAAAGACCUUGCCUUUUUAUUAGUAGAUCAAGGAUAUGAUGUAUGGAUUGGAAAUACGAGAGGAAAUACUUACUGCAGAUCGCAUAUGAAUAUGACGAUAUACGAUCCUAAAUUCUGGCAAUUUAGCUUUCACGAGUUUGGAACAAAAGAUCUACCAGCCAUGUUCGAUUACAUUUUCAAUUAUACACAGCAAACAGAUUUAUAUUAUAUUGGUCAUUCAAUGGGAACAACUUUGAUAUUUACUCUUCUGUCAUCAAAACCAGAAUACAAUAUGAAAAUGAAAAUGGUUAUUUGCCUAGCUCCAGUUGCUUUUUGGACGAAAGUAACACCUUCAUUCAAUGGAAUAGCUAAUACUCUUUUAUCAUUGAAGAAACCUUUUAAACAGCAUGAAAUAUACGAUAUCUUCCCACAAUGUUGGUCGACUGUUAUGAUAGCAAGAACAUUAUGUAAUGACAAAGCAAUAACUCAAAUUAUUUGCGUUACUGUAAUGUUCCUAAUCGUCGGUCCUGAUCCAGCACAACUUAACACUACAACCUUGCCAGAAUUAUUAUCCCAUUUUCCAGCUGGUACUUCUACACAAACAUUCGAUCAUUAUUACCAAAAUUUACGUAAAAAUGAGUUUCGAAUGUAUGAUUAUGGCGUGGCUGAAAAUUAUAAGCGAUACAAACAGAAAAAACCCCCGAGUUAUGAUCUUAAAAAGAUUACAGCCCCGACAGUUUUAAUUUACUCAGAUAAUGAUUAUCUUGUUCCAGAAGAGAAUGUGCUGGAACUUAGCAAACGUUUACCAAACGUUCUUCUAACGGAGAAAGUUCCAUAUAAACUUUUCAAUCACGCAGAUUUCGUGUGGGCAAUUGACGUGAAAACUCUUUUAUACGAUCGUAUAUUCGAACUAAUACAAAAGUUUGAUGUUAAACAAAAUAAAUUUCUGAAAUGAAUCUAAUUAAUAAUACAAAUGAAAAGAAAAGUAGUCUUACCUUUCGUAUAGAAAUUGGAAAGUUGAUAAACGUAGAAGUGUUAAUAAAAUUAAUAAUUUACAUACAUGCCUGUGUAUUUUUAAAAUUAUAAUGCUAAUAUAAAAUUU